AUCUGAUUUGUUCCAAAUGAAUUCGCAUUAUCUUAUUCCAAUAUUGAACAGAUUUUCGUAUUUGAGAGCGCACUUGGUUGUUUCGAAUCGAAGAAAUCAUAAAAUUUCCCCCAAUUUUUUUAGGGUUUGUAGGUUUUCGUUUAAUUAUUCCCGCGAGAAUAUGGAAUCUGAAGGUCAAAAGACUGCCACAAAUCCGUCCGCCAUGCUCGCAGGUCUUCUCCUCCAUUUUCUUCAGCACGCCAUCAAUCACCAAUCUCAGAAGCUCACCUGCCAAUCUCAUGCUCAGGUUAUUACUCGUGGGUUGGAACAAAAUUCUUUCUUGAUAACUAAACUUAUUUCUGCAUACUCUAUUUGUGGUAACCUCAAGGAGUCAACUCUAAUAUUCGACUUGGUUUCGACUAUAACUAUUUAUACAUGGAACUCCUUGAUUAAUGCAUUUGUUAAGAAUUAUGUGUUCCAUGGGGCAUUUGAUCGUUUUAAAGAAAUGCAGCAAUGUGACAUAAUACCGGACCACUUUACACUAUCCACAUUAGCAAAAGCAUCCACCGAGAUCGGGAAUGUGGCUGUUGGGAAAUUGAUUCAUGGAAAGAGCAUACGACUUGGGUUCAUGUUAGAUAUUGUUGUUGCCAACUCCCUCGUAUCAAUGUAUUUUAAGUACGGGGAAUGCGAAGCAUCCCUAAAGCUGUUUGAUGAAAUGCCUGAAAGAAAUUCAGCCUCAUGGAAUGUUCUAUUAGCUGGCUAUGCAAGUUCUAGUGAUUGUUUCUAUGUUAAGGAAGUAUGGGAAGUUGUUAGAAGUAUGCAGACCGAUGGAAUAAAACCCGAUGCAUUUACUAUUUCGAGUACUCUGCCUUUAUGUGGUGACCCCAUCGGGAAAUUGAGUUAUGGGAAAGAGCUCCAUUGUUAUAUGGUGAAGAAUGAGUUGGAUCUUGAUUUUGGCUCAAAUGUUCAUCUUGGCUGCUGCUUGAUUGAUAUGUACUCAAGGGACAAUAAGGUCAUUGCUUCUAGAUAUGUAUUUGACCAAAUAAAGAGUAAAAAUAUUUAUGUUUGGACAGCAAUGGUAAGAGGUUAUGUACAAAAUGAAGAUCCAGACAAGGCAUUGAUUCUUUUCCAGGAGAUGCAGAUGAAGGAUGGAAUAGUUCCAAAUAGAAUAUCCCUUAUUAGUCUCCUUCCUGCUUGUAGCUCACAUGCUGGAUUGAUGAAUGGAAAACAAAUCCAUGGUUUUGCUAUCAGAAAAGAAUUUAAUGAUGAUGUAUCUUUGUGCAAUGCUUUGAUUGAUAUGUAUUCAAAAUGUGGUAGCUUGGAGAAUGCAAGGAGAGUCUUCGAGUCUGAUUCCUUUUGUAAAGAUGCAAUCUCUUGGACUACGCUAAUUUCUGCGUUCGGGUUACACGGACGAGGCAAGGAAGCGAUAAGACUGUAUAAUGACAUGGUCGAACUUGGGAUCAAGCCAGACCCAAUUACUAUAGUUGGAGUUUUAUCUGCUUGUGGCCGGUCUGGUUUGGUAAACGAGGGUCUCCAAAUAUACAGCACCGUAGUCCAGGAAUUUGGAAUCAAACCAACUGCCGAGAUCUGUGCUGUCGUGGUCGACUUGCUGGGAAGUAUAGGGGAACUUGAACAAGCAUUGAGCUUUAUCAAAACAAUGCUGGUGGAACCCGGUCCGGGCGUCUGGGGAGCUCUUGUUUCUGCUUCUGUAAAAUACAGGAACUAUGAGAUGCUAGAAUUGGCUUACAGAUCCCUUGUUGAGUUGGAACCAGAAAAUGCUUCUAAUUUUAUUUCACUGUCAAAUUUGUAUGCUUCUGCCAGCAGAUGGGAUGUGGUAGCUGAGCUAAGAAACACCAUGAAGGAAAGAGGUCUAAGGAAGGCAGCUGGGUGUAGUUGGAUUGAUAUUAAUACAAAGACUCAUUGUUUUCAUGUUGCUGAUAAGGCACAUCCAAGUUCCAAGUUGAUUUAUCAAGUUCUAGACCAUGUUUUUAUUAUAAUGAAAGAACCUCACUGUUAUGAUGAUUUAGGGUAUGUUUGAGAUCGAUUUUGGUACAGUCAGAAUUACUUUUAUCAUUUUCUAAAAUCAUUUGUAUAUCAUUGUCAAACAAUUCUCAUUUUCUAAAA